AUGCAGCCAGCAGAGAUCAGAUUCUCUCUACAGAGACCUCUACAGCACAGAGAUCCAGCUAUGGCACCUACAAUCACUGCAGCAAUGACCAACUCUCAGGAGCAUCUGACUCUGACCCACAAGCUCAGAAAGCCUCAGGUGGAGAAGUUACGCAGAGAUCGAAUCAACAGCAGCAUUGAGCAGCUCAAGUCUCUCCUGGGUCCAAAGUUCCUCAAACAGCAGCCAGACUCCAAGAUGGAGAAAGCAGACAUCCUGGAGAUGACAGUUUGCCUCCUGACACAGCAGCAGCAGCAGCAGCAGCAGCAGCAGCAGCAGCAGCAGCAGCAGCAGCAGCAGCAGCAGCAGCAGCAGCAGCAGCAUCCAGCUGUUGAGUCAGCAGCUGUGGAUCAAGGCUACUCCAGGUGUGUCCGAGAGGUGGCACACUUCCUGAGCAAAGAGGAGGUGAAGACACAGUCCCAGAAAAGACUGCUGAACCACUUCAACAAGCUGCAGUCUUCCUCUGACAAGAACCUGAGACAGGCUGACUUCUCUCCUCUGAGCUCCACAGUCCAGACCAGCAUCACUAAAGAGAAGAGUCCAGUCAACAGCGCCCUCUGGAGGCCGUGGUAG